AUGGAUGGAGAAGCCUCGGAAGCUUCAAUUUUCAGUCGGUCGGUGGCUGUACUUGGUAUGAACCUGGAUUUGUCAGUUCCUGAAUCCUGCAUGGCUGAUCUUGCUAGGUAUAACAAGAGCAGUCAAAGAUGCCAGCCAGGUGCUGCAACCAUGGAUAAUGUUGUUGAAGGGUUAGGCUUGACGAAGAGAUCUUUGAAAGCAAUUACUACUACAAAGAAGAAGGAUGGGGAUGGGGAUAAUAGCACUAAGAUAGGUAGUGUUGAUUUAGAAGAACCUUUAAGUCCAUCAGCCCGGUUACUUCAUGAACCACAUUUCAAUCUCUAUAUAAUUGCGAUUAUAGGUUGUAAAACAAAAAUUAAUCCUACCGUUGUCAAAGAUGGGUUGGUUCAUACAUUACUUAAACACCCUCGCUUCUGCAGUUUACAGGUGGAAGUCGGAGAAAAAGGAGGGAAAAUGAAAUGGGUACCAACAGAGGUUAAUUUAGAAAAUCAUGUUAUAGUACCAAAAAUUUACCCUGAAAUGGAUUUACAAUCACCUGAUAAAUCUGUUGAAGAUUACAUAUCAGAUCUUAGCAAAACCGAGAUUGAUAUGUCAAAACCACUGUGGGAGCUUCAUCUCCUCAAUAUCAAAACUGCUGAUGCCGAAGCAGUCGGGAUAUUUAAAAUCCACCAUUCUCUAGGCGAUGGGACUUCACUUGUGUCUCUUCUACUGGCUUGUACUAGGCAAACCGCUGAUCCAAAUGCGUUACCGACGAUUCCGGUGACAAAAACGACUUCAGUCAGGUCAUCAGGAAAUAAUACAGGGAUUAGUUGGAUAUUCAUGGCUAUUUGGGGUUUUCUUCUACUGGCUUGGAAUACUCUAGUGGAUAUUUUUAUGUUUUUUGCAACUACGAUGUUUAUAAAGGAUACAGAGACACCUCUCAAAGGCGCUCCGGGGGUUGAGUUUGCACCGAAAAGGUUUGUUCACCGGAGUGUUAGCCUUGAUGAUAUCAAAUUGGUGAAGAAUGCAAUGAAUACGACAAUCAAUGAUGUUGUUUUGGGGGUUACAACUGCUGGUCUUUCACGUUAUCUGAACAGGAGAUACGGGGAGGAUACUGAAAAUGAUGUUGGAGCAACCGAGAACAGAAAUAAUCUUCCAAAAAAUAUACGUCUCAGAUCUACUCUACUGGUGAACAUUAGACCUUCAAGUGGAAUUCAGGCAUUAUCGGACAUGAUGGAAGAGAAGGCAGAAGCCAAAUGGGGCAACUGGAUUGGCUACGUUUUAUUCCCUUUCACCAUUGCCUUAAGAGAUGAUCCAUUAGAUUAUGUUCGCCAAGCGAAACUUGUGAUUGAUCGAAAAAAGAAUUCGUAUGAAGCUCUUUACACGUUUGUUAUCGCUGAAAUAGUACUGAAGUUAUUUGGCAUUAAGGCGUCAGCUGCUCUAACGCACAGAAUUCUCACUCACACAACGAUGUCGUUCUCGAAUGUGGUUGGACCUUUAGAAGAAAUUGGUUUUUAUGGACACCAGAUGUCUUACAUAGCUCCUUCUGUUUUUGGGCAUCCACAUGCUUUUACGAUCAAUUACCAAAGUUAUGUGAACAAGAUGACCAUAGUUCUUGCAGUUGAUAAAAAGGCAGUUCCUGAUCCUCACAAACUUUGCGAUGAUUUAGAAGAAUCUCUAAAACUCAUCAAGGAUGCUGUUGUAGCCAAAUAUAAAGACGGGAAAUGA